GUGUGGUGAGCGACACAUGCUGGUGCUCCCUCUCAGGCCAGACGUGGACGGCUGGUCCUUUAGUGUCCUGAAGCCUCUUGGAGUUGUAAUUGUUGCGCCAAGAUGAUGGCACAGCUUCUGGCUCUUUUCUCCGGAGGAGGGGGGGGAGGAGAGAGAGCCCGGGUGUCCUCGCGCCUGAUGGAGAAAUACGAGAAGCUGAGCAAGAUUGGCGAGGGCUCCUAUGGCGUCGUCUAUAAGUGUCGCAACCGUGAAAAUGGCAGCCUCGUCGCCAUCAACAACUGCAUCAUCCAAACUUGAUCAAUCUUAUUGAAGUGUUCAGACGGAAGAGAAAACUGCACCUUGUCUUCGAGUUUUGUGACAGAACUGUCCUCAACGAGCUGGAGAGUAACCCUAAAGGGUUGCCAGAUGAAAAGGUGAAAAAGAUUGUAUACCAGCUGGUGCAAGCUAUUGGUUACUGCCACAAACACACCUGCAUACACAGGGAUGUGAAGCCAGAAAAUAUCCUGCUUACCAAGAGUGGAGUGGUCAAGCUCUGUGACUUUGGUUUCGCCAGGAUGUUAAGUCCUGGUGAUAACCUAACUGACUAUGUAGCCACAAGGUGGUACCGUGCCCCAGAACUGUUGGUGGGGGACACACAGUAUGGUACACCUGUUGAUGUUUGGGCUAUUGGCUGUGUCCUCGCAGAGCUGGUUAAAGGAGAAGCUUUAUGGCCGGGCAAGUCUGAUGUUGACCAGCUGUACUUAAUCAGGAAAACACUAGGUGACCUACUGCCUGACCACAUGCGGAUAUUCAAGGACAAUGAAUUUUUUCGAGGCAUGAAUAUACCAGAGCCUGAUACUGUAGAUCCUAUUGAAAGCAAAAUGCCCAAGUCCUUCCCACGAGAAGGACUAGACUUUCUCAAGAAAUGCAUAGAUAGAGACCCAGCUAAGAGAUGGACAUGUGAUCAACUAUUAGAGCACGACUUCUUUACAGGCUUCAGUUACAAGAUACCUGAAGAAGACCAGCUCUACCAUGAUCGAUUAAAGAACCCAAGCGUGUCUGGGUCCAUGCUGCUUCCUCAGCUAGCCAGCACGCCUGUUGGUGGAGGAUCAGUAUCAACGACAUCUUCACCUGAUAUGCGUCAUCCUAUCAACCGUGGCUCACGUAACUUUGAUCACCUUCCUACCAUCUGACAAAAUGGCCUUGGGCAUUCUCGGCCAUCGAUGUUACCACCCAAUAUGGUGCCCUCACCUACCCCACCUCCAGACCAGACUUCUAAGGCUCUUAACGGUACAGGUCCUCGAGGUAUCGCGAAAAAAACAGUGAGCCCCCCUGCUGGCGCUCGCCAACCACCACCAGUGUUAGACAAAGGAGACCUUUAUGCCAUCCUUUACCGCAAAUAUAAUUCUUCUUAGCUCAUUAUUUUACAUUUAUGUGGAAGACUCAUUCAGGUACGUAGAUCUGACCAUUUCUAGUAAUUUCUGAAGUCUGAGCCAUGGCCGUCAUACAUUAAAGACAGCUUUUUUUAUGACAAUAAGUAAGCUGAAAAUAAUGUAUUUAAAAGUAUUUCAUUAUUAUUUAACCUCGAAUUACAGUAGGGUACUGAUAUUUAAUCACCAUUGGUUGAUGAAACAAAUUAUUUAAUAAUAAUUAUCAAUAUCAUAAUUUUGUGUAUAUAAAACGUUACCAUCCAAGUCUGUGAUCUGAGGGCGUCAUCGCUUCUCAUAGCUUAGGAAGUUGCCUGUACUUAGUUACACAUGUUCUGCUUUGUAUCUUUUGUGCAUAGCUGUAUAUUAUAUAAUAGGUUGUAGAUUUCAAGAAUUAACUGAUGUAUAUUAUAGUUUUCUGUGGUUUAAUUUCCAGAGAUCUAAGAGUAUUGGCAAAAAUUUAAGCAUUUUAAGAACGUGUUUGUGAAAAUCAAUUAUUUACAAUAAAAAUGUGAAAAACU